ACAUGUGAUCAGCAUAUGACCUACCAAAGGUCACAUUUGCUUUGGUUGGACGAUCAAGACGAUCCCGAAUGUGAGGAGAAAAAACAUCGCCACGUUUGUGGUUAAAAUGUUCGUCUUCACCAUAUUCACCAUGGCACACUUAGCGGACGGGGCCACAUCCAAUUUUUGUGUGACAGGUGGUAACUGUAGUGCCACCAUGUCACUCCAACCGGCUCCAGAGUCCAGCCUGGUCUGUAACGCCACCACAGAACAACUCCUCACAAACAUCACCAUCUUAUCAUGGACGGAAAGCGUCACCGUUACCAUAGAAACGCUCCAAGUCGCCAUGGGGUAUCUGGGUCUUCACAGUCUAGACUGGGGAACAGUGUUUACCUACUGGAUUCUCCUGCCCACGAUUGUACUGUACAUCCUCCCCUGGACCAUGGUGGGAGCCCUGUACGUCACGGUAAUCAUUAUCCACCGCUAUGGCGAGAAGCACAACCUGACGGACCCGUUUGCCGGCGAUGUCUGGUUACCGGCACGGCGGAUGGCGUCCACCGUUUGGGACAUCAUGGCCAAGGUUUGGCACGCUCAUGAAAUCCAUGGUCUGGAGAAACUGCCCACACGCGGCCCGGGGUUGCUUGUGUACUACCACGGUACCGUGCCGUUAGACUUCUACUACGUGCUGGCAAAAGUCAACCUCGUACAGAACAGACCUCUGUGCGCUGUGGCCGACCGCUUUAUGUUCAACAUUCCAGGCUGGAAAUUCAUGCUGCACACGAUGGGUGUGACAUCAGGAGAACACCAACACUGUGUCCAGGUGCUGAAGAAGGGAAACCUGUUGGGCCUGGCGCCUGGCGGAUUGAGGGAAGCGCUCUUCGGGGACGAGAACUACAGACUCAUGUGGAAAAGGAGAAUGGGAUUCGCCGCCGUGGCGAAAGAGGCCGGUGUACCUAUCUUUCCCAUGUUUACGCAAAAUUGCCGGGAAGCGUUCAGAACACCGCGGAUGGGAAAACGGUUCCUGGAGUGGGUAUAUGAGAAAACGAGAAUGCCUGUUGUUGGUAUCUAUGGAGGAUUCCCUGUCAAACUCAGAACCUACAUAGGAGACCCUAUCUACGACCCAAGUCUUUCUGCUGAAGAGCUUGCUAAGAAGACUCACCGUGCCCUGGAGGACAUGAUAGAGGCUCAUCAGAAAAUUCCGGGAAAUCUUCUUCGCGCCCUUCUGGAAAGAAUUCCCGUCUUCCGUUUCCAAAAGAAUGGCUGACACUUCUUAGUGUGUAGAUUGAGUAUCUAAAACAUAUCAUGUCCUGGUGUUGGGACGCAGAACAUUCCUUGCACAUUGAACUGAACACGUGCAGGAGUUGCGGUAAUACGUGUACAUGUAAUGAAAGUUGAUAUGAUUUUAACUUGGUAAUAAGACGAAAUAUGGGAAAUAUCAUUUUGAUCUACACUAGUGCUUUUAAUCUACAUCUUUUGUAAAAACUUCAAUUCCCAGUCACUGCUCAAGUCGUUAACGUUGAACUUGUUGUUGAAUUUACUGUCUUUCAACGCAAUCGCAAUGAGGGAUAUGAUUUUAUUAUGGUCUGUACGGUACGAUUUCCAAUGAAUACCAUGCCACAGGUACUUACGUUAUUCGGGGUAACGUUAUGGAAAAUACCCCCAAAUUUAUUAUUUUAAGAAUAUCAACACAUUAAAACAUAUCUCCUAAGAAUUGUCAGUGUCAGA